UCCUCAGUUUUAAGUGUUAGCUCGAACAGUUAACAACGCUUGGCGGAACAAAAUUUGUGAAGCUUCUAUUUGGCCCAAAAAUAAAUCUACAAAAAAAACUACAAGUUUUCUAAUUUUAUUUUUUUCCAAAUUUCCAAAAGUUACACUUUUUGGCUAUUUUUUUUUUUUGCUGAAGAUGUCAAACGGAUUCUCCUACUGGAACGGCCAGCCCGUGAACGCACCUGUCUAUCCGCAGAUGGGCGACCUGAUGCAGCCAUCCGGCGCUGGAGGAUCUGGAGCAGCCCCAGCAUAUGGACCACCGGGAUCGGGAGUAGCAGCCGGAGCAGGAUGGCCUGGCCAGGGAGCAGCAGCACCAGCGCAGUAUCCUAGUCAAUUUGCUGCCGGAGGAUGCAGUGUCCAGUCGGGCAUGGCCAUGCCCAGUGCCCAACCGCAGCAACAACAACAACAUCAACAGCAGCAGCAGCAGAUGGGCAUGGGUGACUAUGGGAACAUGAGCUCGCCGCUCACCUGCAACGUGCCCGCCAACUUCUUUGGUCAGGGAGCCGGCCAAUCCGAGCCGUGCAUCGACAAUGGCGAGGCCUUCUGCGCCUACAACGGCAUGGACAUGAGCAUGAACUACGGCGGAGGCAGUGCAUCCAAGGGCGGCUACUGGUAGAGCAUCUUCUUCAUCCACACCUUGUCACACAUCGGCAAUCCAGGAGCAUCGGCACCAACACUUUCAACACUGAACUACGCUAGAAACACAACAACAAGUUAUGCAGCCACAUCCAAAUGUACAACACUGCGUGUUGGUAUCGACAAAUCCACUACACUCCACUCCAACGUCUAACCCCCCAACAAAAAUGAAGUUCAGGUGAUGCGGUUCAAACAUA